GAGGGUUUUAGGACACAAACUGCCACCAGAGUUUUUAGAGAGAAAGAGAGAGAGUUUAGAAAGUGUAGUUCUAUGAAUGGAUGUAGCAAUAACAUCAUCAUCUUCAACCAUGUCCUCCAAAUUCUUCCCUUUCCCCACAAAUCUCAGCACUCCUUUAACCUCCUCUUCAUCAUUCUCAUCUUCUUCUCUCUUCCCCAACUCCUCUUUCUCUCUCACCAAACUCCACCAUAUCCGAACCCACCACCGCAAACUCCACCGCCGCCAUAAAUACAAUCCCCUGCUCGCCGCCCCACCGACCACCCCUGCGCCCACGCCCUCUCCGGAGGAAUUCAAGCAAGCCCAGGAAGCCCUCUUCGAAGUUCUCUGCGAAUUCGGAGUCUCCGAGGAGGACUCCGCCGCCAUAUCGGAGAAUUCUCCGCGCUACGUGGGUAUGCUGGUGGAGGGAGUCCGGGACUUGGAGGAGCUUGAGUUGUGGAGCUCGUGGAAUAGUGAAAAUGAAAUGGAAAUGGGGUUUAAGGAGAAGGUGAUUCGUAUGGCCAAGGAGAAAGGUGAUAAUGGCAAGGUUGCUUUGUUGGAGAGCCUUGUUGGGUUGAGCCUCUCCUCCGCCAUGAAUGUCGCCAGAUAUCUAUCGGCUGAGACUCUCCCGGCUCUCAUUGCUAAGGUCAAGUAUAUGAAGGAAAUCUUCUUUUCUGGCAGUAAUGAUGGAGGAAUCAUUGGGAAAAAUGCUCGCCGUAUGAUGAGGCAUUUAUCAAUUCCAGUAGAUGAAGAUUUGCAGCAAACUUUGUCCUUUUUUGAAAAGAUUGAGGCAAGACGCGGGGGUUUGGACAUGUUGAGCUCCAAAGAUAUCUCUUUCCGUUAUUUAGUGGAAUCGUUUCCGCGCCUUCUUCUGUUACCACUGGAAUCUCAAAUGAACACCAUCUUGGAAUUUUUUGAAAAUAAGGGAAUCUCUAGAGGAUGUGUGAGAAACAUACUUCUAACAUUUCCACCAAUUAUGUUUUACAAAGUUGAAGUCAUUAAAACAAGAAUGCUGGUUUUCAAGGAGCUGGGGGUUGAGGACAAGGAUGUUGGCAAGCUGCUAAUAAAAUAUUCGUGGAUUAUAUCCACGAGUAUUCAAGAGAAUUACAAGGAGAUAUUGCAUUUCUUUGACACAGAAAAGGUGCCUAAAGUUAGUGUUGACGGUGCAAUUAGAAGUUGGCCUCAUUUAUUGGGUAGUUCAACUAGCAAGAUAAAGUUGAUGGUUGAAGAGAUUGGCAAGUUGGGUGUUGGAAACAAAAAACUGGGCCAGGCUAUCAGUAAAAGCCCUCAGAUAUUGCUACGGAAACAACAAGAGUUCAUUGAGGUGGUUUCACUUUUGGAAGAGCUAGGAUUUGAGAAAGAAACAAGUGGAAGUAUUCUUUGUCGCUGUCCAGAAAUAUUUGCAACCAGUGUUGAAAGAACUCUUACGAGGAAGCUUAAAUUUCUUGCUACUAUUGGUGUUUCUCAAGUUCACUUUCCUCGGGUUAUAAAAAAAUAUCCCGAGUUACUGGUAUCUGACACUGAAAGAACUCUUCUUCCACGGAUGAGGUACUUAAUGAACUUGGGGCUGUCAGAGAAGGAUGUCGCGUUCAUGGUUCGUAGAUUCUCGCCUUUGCUCGGAUAUAGCGUUGAUGAGGUUCUGAGACCAAAGCUUGAUUUUCUCAUAAACACCAUGGAAAAGCCAGUAAGGGAUGUGGUGGAAUAUCCCAGAUUCUUGAGCUAUUCCUUGGAGAAGAGGAUAAAACCAAGAUUCUGGAUUCUGAAACAAAGGAAUAUCGAAUGUAGUUUGAAAGACAUGCUGGGAAAAAAUGACGAAGAAUUUGCUUCCGAUUUCCUAGAAGUUGGAAAGACGAAAGUUCCACCUCCCGCUUCCCCCACUCGCCAAUGAUGCUGCAGAAAGGUCAUAUAUUUCUAGAAAAUAGCGCCUACCGGUAGUGUUCCAAGCAUUUUUCUUAAAUCUCAACAUGUACCUGUGUCCCCGCCCCAAGGUUUUUUGU